AAAGAAGCAACAACAGAAAACAAAUAAAGAAAAGAAAACAGAAAUAAAUUAAAAUUUAAAAGAAAACCUUACGUGUUAAAAAAUGAAAGGUAAAUCUGAGAAAGAAUAAUGGGCCCGGGCCAUGUAAUUCGUUCCAACUUCUUACAAAUCAAAUUCUGAAAAAACAAAAUGGAAGUCUUUUCACUGACUUCGCCGUCUGUGGACCUCCGCCGCCGUGGCCAACUUCGUCGUCCCCGCGGAGCCGCAGUCGGCGCCUCCCGAGAACAAUCUCGACCACCCCGACAAGAAGCCCCAUGACACCUUCGGCUUCGGCGCCGCCGUCGAGGCUUUCUUAUCGCUGCUAUGCGCCUUCCCCUACCUCGGCGGGCGCCGGCCCGAAGGCCGCUCCGACGAGGCGCCCCCCGGCACCUCCGAUGCUGCUUCGGCGCCGCCACGAAGCGCCCCCCCUUGCAUACCUGUGCCCUCGCCUGCUGCAGCACCCUGCCGCCGUCGAUUGAAGCAGGCCCUGUCAGUCUCCGAGACAGCAGGGAAGGUGACAUAUUCGCACAUGAUAGAGUGGUUACAAGGGCUCGGGGUGGAGAUGGAGAGAUCGGACAUGUCUUUCUCAGUGAGUACACAACUGGAUGGCGGCAGCAGAGGAUGUGAGUGGGGCAAUGGCAACGGUAUCGCAAGCCUCUUGGCACAAAAAUCCAAUAUAUUGAAAACCAGUUUUUGGUGCAUGGUCCGUGAGAUACUCAAGUUCAAGAAUGAUGCUCUGACGUACCUGGAGUAUCAUGAACAUAACCCUGAUAUGGACUGUAAUGAGACAUUGGGGCAGUUCAUUCAGUCGCAUGGAUAUUCCCUAUUUUUCCAGGAAGCUUAUCUUUUUCCGGUCUGCGCAGGCAUGUGGUCAUGUUCAUCAGAAGAUGUUUUGAGCUUGUCUGCUUUCUUCGUGCUAUCAUCUUUCCGUAACCAUGACCUUGUUCAGCUGUUUCGUUACCCCCAAUUGCCCACUGUCAAGGCUCGUUCGCAGUCCUUUAUAGACAAGGUAAAAGGAGAGCUGGAAAGCAUGGGCUGUCGAAUUAAAACGAGCUGUCAUGUCAAAUCUGUUUCAAGUUUUGGUGGAGCAGCUGGCUACAGAGUCUUGGAGAAUGAUGGUUCAGAGGAAAUAUACGACAGUGUCAUCCUUGGGGUUCAUGCACCCAAUGCUCUCAAAGUACUAGGAGCUGAAGCUACACAUCACGAAAGGAGAAUUCUAGGUGCUUGUCAGUAUGUCCACAGGGAUAUAUACCUCCACUACGAUCAAAAUUUGAUGCCCCGAAAUUCUUCGGCAUGGAGCGCCUGUAAUUUCAUGGGGACAACUAGCAGUGGUUUUUCUGUUACUUAUUGGCUAAACCAUAUUCAGAAAAUUGGACCUGUCAGGACUUUCCUGGUGACUCUCAAUCCUCCUCGUGUUCCGGAUAAUGUACUGCUUAAAUGGUCUACAAGCCUUCCUGUUCCGUCUGUAGCUGCGGCGAAGGCUUAUCUUCAGCUUGAUCAGAUCCAGGGAAAGAGAGGAAUAUGGUUCUGUGGGGCAUAUCAAGGUCACGGCUUCCAUGAAGACGGAUUGAAGGCUGGGAAAGCAGUAGCUCAAGGUUUGCUUGGAAAGAAAUGUGAGCUUCUGCUGAAUCCAAAGCAGAUGAUUCCAUCAUGGACUGAGGCUGGGGCGCGCCUUCUAGUUGCAAGUUUUUUCAACCUAUACAUAUCCAUCGGCAAUUUGAUAUUGGUCGAAGAAGGAGGUAGUGUGUUCAGCUUUGGUAAAGCUUGCGACAAAUGCCAUGUAAAAUCUGUCAUGCGAGUUCAUGACCCCUUGUUCUAUUGGAAGGUUGCAGCAGAAGGAAACCUUGGCUUGGCAGAAGCCUAUAUUAACGGCUGUUUCUCUUUUCUUGACAAAAGAGAAGGCCUUCUGAAUCUUAUCCUGAUUCUCAUCUCUAACAGAGAGGAGCGUAGGAACCGCCGCAUUGCCAGAAAAGGGGGUCGAUGGACACCAUUGCAUGUAAUAGCUCCAUUGGCACAUGCUAAAUACAUUUUGGGUCAAGUCUCGAAGAAGAAUACUGUGACACAAAGUCGUCGAAACGUCUCUCAUCACUAUGAUCUUAGUAACGAUUUUUUCUCGCUUUUUCUGGAUAAAUCGAUGACUUACUCUUGUGCAGUUUUCAAGAUGGAGAAUGAAAGCUUAGAAGCAGCCCAGCAACGUAAACUUAGCCUUAUAAUCGACAAGGCUAAAGUCAAGAGGGGGCAUCAUGUUCUUGAAAUUGGUUUCGGCUGGGGAAGUUUAGCAAUACAAGUGGUUAUGCAAACUGGCUGCAGAUACACUGGAGUCACUUUGUCGAAAGAGCAGCUUAAAUACGCCGAGGGAAAAGUAAGAGAAGCUGGCUUAGAGGACCUCAUAACUUUUCUGCUGUGUGAUUACCGUCACAUUCCACCUUGCAAGUAUGACGCAAUCAUAAGCAUCUGUAUGAUUGAACAGGUUGGCCAUGAAUACAUGGACGAAUUUUUUGCCUGCUGCGAGUCUUGCUUGGCUGAAGAUGGCAUAAUGGUCCUACAGUUCAUCUCAGCUCCAGAAGAACGCUAUGAGCAAUACAGAAAAAGGCCAGACUUCCUAACAGAAUACAUAUUCCCUGGCGGUUGCCUUCCUUCUUUGGCCCGUGUAGUGUCUGCCAUGAGCAAGUCAUCAAGGUUGAGCAUAGAGCAUGUUGAGAAUAUUGGGCCCCAUUACUACACAACUCUGAUGUGCUGGAUGGACAACUUCACUGCCAACAAAGAUAAAAUUUUGGCCCUCGGCUUUGAUGAGAAGUUCAUCCGUAUAUGGGAGUACUACCUCAUAUUCUGUGCGGCUUGUUUUAAGUCGCGAAUAGGUGGAGAUUACCAGGUAGGUUGUUUUCUCUCGUCCAGGCAACCGUCGGCUAUGCGUGCCUUGAUGGCUGAACGCAACAUAUCGUUCUCCGGUCAGCUGUCGAACUGUUACUUCUCGAUAGCCUGCGACCUUCUAAUAAGUCAGCCCUGUAAUGGUUCGCUCAUACGGGCAGCCUAAUCAGGUGGUUUGGUGAUCUAUCCUCUUGUUUUAAUCGUGAAAUGUUUAGUUUUUCAUGGCAGUGUACUUUCUAUCAGUAAACUGUCUGUGCGUAUGCAAGUGCUACCCUAGCCUGGUUAGUAGAAUUUGAGAAUUGUACGGAAGGAACUGGUUUGUUGCUUUGAUAUCUAUCAGACAUAGUUGAUGUCCUGGUUUGUGA